GUCUUAAUGUGACGUCAGGAAAACGGUCAGUAUAUAUACAAAAUAAUUUUCCUGUUGGCGGUGUUUUGUUUCGGGUAGUUGAAGGACAACAAUCAAGGAAGAUGAAGGUGUUCUAUUUUGUUUGUGCUCUGAUUGUCGGUAUUCAAGCUGGUACCAUACCCAGCUACAUCAAAAUAUGCAAGAGGAACGACCCGGCUGUGGUAAAAUGCAUCAAAACGUCAAUCGAAGCCAUUAGACCAAAGCUAAUGAGUGGAAUCCCGGAAAUUGGAGUGCCAGCAAUUGAACCAAUAACACUCGAAAAAAUCGAAAUCAUUCCUGCAAGCAACGGUAUCAAGGCUGAAUUGAAGAAUGUUGUGGUUCACGGGGCUGGCAACUUCCAACUUACAAAACUGAAAUUGGACAUCCCCAAACAAACAUACCACUUUGGUAUUAAAAUCCCGGAGCUGAAACUAUCCGGAGACUACGACAUCGAUGCCACCAUUGUUGGAACACCAAUUAGGGGAAAGGGCAAAUUCACAGCUGAUGCCACCAAAAUUGAAGGCUACGGUAUCUUAAGAGGAGAAAUUGCCCAAGGAAAAGGUCACUCCUACCUGAAAUUCAACGCCUUGGAUUUGGCACUGAAAAUUGACGACUACAAUCUCAAUUUCGACAAUCUCUUCAACGGCGACAAAGUUUUAAGUCAAGCGUUGCAAGAUUUGAUCAGGGACAACAAGAAGCAACUCCUCGAAAACUCAAUUCCGUUCAUCCAGACGAGACUUUCUGAUUUCUUCGUCGACGCCGCCAACAAAGUGACAGAAAAUCUCGACUACGAAGAAGUAUUUCCAGAAAAACUGAUUUAUAUACAACUAAUUUUCACUUUCAUUAGCUACAUAGAUUUUAAAGGCGACACAAUGUGGUGGUACAGUUGCCUCUUAAUUUUAAGUGGUUGUGGUUUCAUUAAGAUAACCAGGACAACUGAAAUACCCGAUUAUAUCCACAUUUGUAAAAGGUCUGAUCCGAAACUGACGGAAUGUAUUGUCGAAGCUGUGGACUCUCUGAUGCCGAAACUUCAAGUAGGCAUACCAGAAAUUGCGGCUCCACCAAUUGAACCUUUUCUUUUAAAUAACAUAACUAUAUUUAGUGGGGAAAACGCUGCUGACUUCAAAGCUAAUUUGUACAAUGUAAGGGUUAAAGGAGUCAGCAACUUCCACAUUGAUCGUCUUAGGAUAAGUCUAGGCGAAACUCUUGUAAUAAGAUGUAGCUUGUCGUUUCCCCUGUUAGAUAUUUUAGCUGAUUAUGACAUUAGUGGUAGGAUAAUAUUCUUGAGACUGGAAGGAAAUGGUAAAUUCGUUGGAAAUGCAACAAAUGUCGACGCCAAAACCAUCAUGAGAGCGGAAGUCGUCCAAAAUGGAGACCACAGACAAAUGAAAUUUAAAUCCAUGGAUGUUAGGAUUAAAGUGGGAGAUUACAAUGUUGUUUUAGAAAAUUUAUUUGGUGGUGACCCUAUUUUAGGGAGAGCAACGAACGAAGUCAUUAACGAAGCCAAAGAUGAAAUGUUGGGGGUUGUUAUACCUUUAUUGGAGAAGGAAUUUGCCAAAAUUAUAGUAGAUUUUGCUAACAGAAUUACAGAAAAGUUUGACUACGACGAAAUAUUUCCAGAGAAAUAAUUCACAUUCCUAAUAUUUGUGUUCUGUACUUAAUUAUACGCUUCAAUUAAAAAAAACUGGUAAAUAAAAUAAGGAUUUAUUUAA